CAUGGCGGCACCCAUGGUGUGUUGUCAUGUAUGGCGGCUUGUGUCCCGUAGUUUCCUGAGACGAGCACGUAUUCGCCUCGCACUCGACUCUAAGCUUCACUGCUGCUCUCCCGCGCGCAGCAGCCUCUUGUUGUCUCUGCACAAACGCGGCAUUCUGAAGGACUCGUUCCCAGAACACGCAGCGCAGGACCAGCUCCCCCGGCUGCUCCAGGCCGGCUCUCAGACUGUAUACUGCGGCUUUGACCCCACAGCCGACAGUCUCCAUGUGGGCAACCUCCUCGCACUCAUUGGCCUGCUGCACUUUCGAAGCGCCGGCCAUCAUGUCAUCGCUUUACUCGGAGGAGCGACGGCACAAAUCGGAGACCCGAGCGGGAAGGCGAGCGAGCGGGAGCGGAUGUCCGCCGAGGUCGUGGCGGCCAACACCCACAGCAUUCGGGAAAGCAUUCAGAGGAUUUUCACCAACCACGAAGUGUAUUUUCACGAGAGCUCCAAGACGCUGGGCAGCGUCACUGUCCUGAACAACCUGAGCUGGUAUAAAAACUGCAGCGUCGUGGACUUCUUGUCGGAGGCCGGGAGGCACUUCCGGAUGGGCACCAUGCUGAGCCGCCACAGCGUGCAGGCCCGGCUGAAGAGCACAGACGGGAUGAGCCUGGCCGAGUUCACCUACCAGAUGUUCCAAGCUUACGACUUCCACCACCUGAACCAAGUCUACGGCUGCAGGGUUCAGCUCGGAGGCACCGACCAGCUGGGCAAUCUGAUGUCUGGACACGAGUACAUUCACAAAGUGAGCGGUGAGGAGGUGUAUGGCCUCACCAUGCCGCUGGUGACCAGCUCUGUCGGGGACAAGCUGGGAAAAACUGCAGGCAACGCAGUGUGGCUGAACAGGGAUAAGACGGCUCCAUUUGAACUGUACCAGUUCUUCUUCAGGCAGCCUGAUGCCAGUGUGGAGGGGUACCUGAAGUUGUUUACGUUUCUACCUGCGGCUGAGGUGGACAAACUCAUGGAGCAGCAGAGAGUGGACCCCAGCAAACGGCUCGCACAAAAACGACUGGCUGCAGAAGUGACCAAACUGGUGCAUGGAAAGGAAGGGCUUGAGAGCGCUAAGAGGUGUACCAAAGUGCUGUAUCACAGCAGCGUGGAUGCCUUGGAAGAAAUGAGUGAUGAGGAGCUUCAGGAACUCUUCAAGGAGGCCUCUUUCCACGAGUUGCUGUUGGAGCCGGGGACCACCGUGAUAAACGUGUGUCGCCAGGUCAAUGCCAUCCCUGAUGGACCCAGAGGGUAUCAGAUGGUUUCAGAGGGAGCUGUUUGGAUUAACCACAGUCGAGCGGACAACGCGGAGCAGGUACUGAUACCUAAACUACACAUCUUGUCCAACGGGCUCACCCUGCUCAGAGUGGGCAAAAGAAACUUCUACAUCAUCAAGUGGCUCAGUCUCUGAGGCUGUCAGGCCAGUGAGGUGUUACUGACUGGGAGCUAGGCAGCCAAACCUCAGCAAGAUCAGUAAGAUCUUUGAUGGAUU